UAAAAAUUAAAAUCAACAAUAAACAAUCAUAGGAAACACGGUGCAACAAAAAGUAACAAUAUGCAACAAAAUGAAAUACAUGUUGUACAACAAAAAGCAACAAAAAAAAACACAAUACAAUACAUGUGUGUUGCGGUUUUAGUUCGGUAUUAGGCUGGAAAAAAUCUAUCGUAUCUUCCUUCAUCAGUUUACAAAGUAUAUAUAUACAUAUGUUGGCCGAGAAAAUAAGCCCUCAGCCCAAAGAAAGAAUAAACAAGGCUAGACUACAAGAAAUAAUUUACAAGCCCAUUUACGGUUUAACACCCCCUCAAGUUGGAGCAUGUGGAUUAAAGAUGUCCAACUUGCUCGGGUAUGUUUUAAGUUCUCUGGUUUACGUGGGUAUGUUGUUUUCUCAUUGCUAAUUAUGCAAAAGCCAAUAUUGGGACAAUGAAGUCCUAUCGAUUGUUUAAGGAAUUUGUUGGUGGCUAUGCAAACAUUGGGGCAACUGCCGUUGACUUCAAAAACUUCAAAAGAGACCUCAGAGCAUACAUUGAAGGUGUAGAUGCACAAAUGCUCAUUGAUAAAUUGUUUAAGAAGCAAGAGUUGUGUUCAACAUUCCUUUUCGAAUAUGAUGCUGACGAGAAUGAUCAGUUGACACGACUGUUCUGGUGUGAUCCUAUAGCGAGAAAGAAUUACGCAUUCUUUGGGGAUGUCAUUUCGUUUGAUGCGACCUAUGGGACAAAUAGGUACAAUAUGAUUUUCACGCCCUUCACAGGUGUAGACAACCAUAAGAAAUGCAUCACUUUUGCUGCUGGUCUUCUAUCUAAGGAGGAUGUUGAGUCGUAUGAAUGGAUUUUUACUCGCUUCCUCAAUGCAAUGCAUCGUGAACCUAAUUGCAUAGUUACUGAUCAAGAUCCUGCUAUGCGUAUUGCCAUCGAGAAUAUUUUCAAACAUGCACGUCACAGAUAUUGCGUGUGGCACAUUAUGAAAAAGGUUACUUCAAAGGUUGGCCCCGUGUUGAGUCAUAAUGAGGAUUUCAUGUCCAAGAUCAAUUCUGUAGCCAUGUGACUUUUAAAGUAGAUGGUUGUCUGUUAUGAAAGAGUUCGACUUGGUUAAUAAUGAAUGGUUCUCACACAUGUUCUUUAUACGUAUGUUUUGAAUCCCAUCAUAUUUUAGGGAUUUAUUUAUGGGUGGUUUACUUAGAACAACUUCAAGGUCUGAAAGUGAGAAUCGUUUUUUUGGAGAAUUCAGUAAUCCACAUUUCAGUUUAGUUGAGUUUUAUAUGCAGUAUGAAAGUGCAAUGGAUUCGCAACGUCAUACGAAUGAUAAACUGAAUGGAAGUUCUGAUUGUUAUGUUCCAG